AUGUCCGAUGAACUUACUAUGCCACAAGUCGUUGAUGACUUGGCAGAUAAAAGCGACUUCCAUAGGGCAACAAAAGACGUUCUAGCGGGUAUAUCUGGUGGCAUCGCACAGGUCCUUGUUGGCCAACCCUUUGACAUCACAAAGGUUCGUCUUCAAACUUCCUCAACAUCCACCACUGCUUUCAAAGUUAUCAAAGAUCUCAUAAAAAAUGAAGGCGUCAGCGCGUUCUACAAAGGAACGACUACGCCUUUGAUUGGUGUGGGGCUUUGCGUCUCUUCUCAAUUCGGAACUAAUGAGGCAAUGAAGAGAUACUUUCACCGAAAAAACAACUUUCAAAGUCCAACUCUGCGUUUGUCGGAAUAUUACGUUUGCGGGUUUGUGAGCGGAUCAGCUAACGCUUUUUUAGCCACUCCCAUUGAACACGUUCGGAUACGUCUGCAAGUCCAAACCAAGUCCCUAGCAGAGGCGGAGUACCGAGGGGCCAUUGAUUGCAUAAAGAAACUGCUCGCAGAAGGAAAGCUAAUGCGUGGCUUUACUCCAACUAUUUCAAGAACCUCGCAUGGUUUCGGCGUGUACUUUCUUUCAUAUGAAACGAUGAUAUGCGGAGAAAGAAAAAGAGGCGUUGCUAGGGAAAAUAUACCUGCAUGGAAGCUUUGCUUGUUUGGGGCGCUUUCAGGCUCGCUAUUGUGGAUGAUGGUAUACCCAUUUGAUGUGAUCAAAUCAGUUAUGCAGACUGACAAGUUACGCAAACCAGUAUAUGGAAAUAACGUUGUCGAAGUCGCCAAAAAUAUUUAUAGAGAGAGAGGGGCAGGUGCAUUUUUGAAAGGCUUUGGGCCCACCAUGUUAAGAUCACUUCCCGUUAAUGGCGCUACUUUUACAACUUUCGAAAUGGCCAUGAGACUUAUGAACUGA